CGAUUUUCAGCAACUCAUUACUGGCAAUUUGCAGUUGUCCUCAUGAAGUUUAUCGAAGUGAUACUUAUCAUUGUGACGGUAUUUGCUGAUACUUGCCGUAGUGACGAUAAUUUAAAUCAUUGUUCUAGAAACAAUGAUCAUCUAAGGAACCUAUUGAUAACUAAGGCCCAAAUGGAUUUCACGUUGAAACUGUUGCGCCAUUCUUCGAAAGCUAAUGAAACGUCGCUGCUAUCACCAUUUGCAGUCGUUUCCGCAAUGUCUGUAUUGUAUUCAGGAGCUAGAGGUAAAACCGAACGUGAGAUUGGAGCAGCAAUUUCCGCAGGUAAUAAACUGUUUGAGAUAUAA